AUGCCCACGAUGCUGACUGCCGCGUACGUCUCCCGGUUGAUGGAGCAUACUCUGCUACUCGAAGCCUCCUUCAAGGCGACGGGGAUGGUCACGAACAUCGCCAAGUGUGAAGUCCUCAUUUUCGAGGGCACAGCACACGAACGUAAGCGGCUCAUGGAGGCCGAUGUCCAUCCUCACCCGGGGGAAAAGCCGAACAGCUGUACAGACAACAGCUAUAUUCGCGGGGAGCAAGGGGAUAUUCCAGAUCAGGAGGCUCCUCUCCCCCUUGCGGCCCGCCUGUCUACAAGCAGCCCCGCGAUUCACAAGGGCUACGUGCUGUGA